UAGUACCCUACCUCAUAGGGUGGUAGUGCGGAUUCCCUGGGCUUAGACGUGCUUGGAAGCGAGUGUGCUGCUCAGUAAAACUUAAAUAACAGAUGCGGGUGAAAGAGCCAUCCAAAGUUUUAUCUGAGAAAGCCAAAAGAAGUAAAAGGCCGACAAUACCUCAUGAUGAAGACUCUUCAGAUGACAUUGCUGUAGGUUUCACUUGCCAACAUGUAAGUCAUGCUGUCAGUGUGAAUCAUGUGAAAAAAGCAAUAGCUGAGAAUCUGUGGUCAGCUUGCUCAGAAUGUUUAAAAGAAAGAAGAUUCCAUGAUGGACAGCCAGUACUUUCUUCUGAGAUUUGGUUGUGCCUCAAAUGUGGUUUUCAGGGAUGUGGUAAAAACUCAGAAAGCCAGCAUUCAUUGAAGCACUUCAAGAGUUGGAGAACAGAACUUCACUGUAUUAUAAUUAGUCUGAGCUCAUGGAUUAUAUGGUGUUACGAGUGUGAUGAAAAAUUAUCAACACAUUGUCAUAAGAAGGUUUUGGCUCAGAUAGUUGAUUUUCUCCAGAAACAUGUUUCCAAAACGCAAACAAAUGCAUUUUCUAGAAUUAUAAAACUUUGUGAAGAAAAACAUGAAACAGAUGAAAAAAAGAAGGGAAAAAAAGGCAACAGUGUAACAUCUGUAAAAGGAAUUACGAAUUUAGGAAAUACUUGCUUUUUUAAUGCAGUUAUGCAGAACUUGGCACAGUCUUACAUUCUUAUUGAACUGAUGAAUGAGAUAAAAGAAAAUGGUACAAUACUCAAGAUUUUCCCUUCCUCAGACUCUCAGAUGGAUCCAUUAAUGGUGGAACUUUCAAGCCCGGGCCCAUUGACCUCAGCCUUGGUCCUGUUUCUUCACAGCAUGAAGGAAACUGACAAAGGAUCGCUGUCUCCUAAAGCGCUCUUCAAUCAGCUUUGUCAGAAGGCCCCUCGAUUUAAAGAUUUUCAGCAACAGGACAGUCAGGAGCUCCUGCAUUAUCUGUUGGAUUCAGUGAGGACUGAAGAAACAAAGAGAAUACAAGCUAGCAUUCUAAAAGCAUUUAACAACCCAACAACUAAAACUGCUGAUGAUGAAACUAGGAAAAAAGUCAAAGCAUAUGGAAGCGAAGGUGUGAAAAUGAACUUCAUAGAUCGGAUCUUUAUUGGUGAAUUAACUAGCACCCUCAUGUGUGAAGAAUGUGCAAAUAUCUCCACGGUGAAAGAUCCUUUCAUUGAUAUUUCACUUCCUAUAAUAGAAGAAAGGGUUUCAAAGCCUGUACUUUGGGGAAGAAUCAAUAAAUAUAGAAGUUUACAGGAGACACAGAAUGGCCAAUAUAGUGGCCCUGUUACUAUAGAAAAUACUCACCAACCCAGAGCUACCAGGAAGCAGUCUCCAUCUAAAGAUAAGAAUCAGCUAAUUCAUGGCAGAAAACGUGCAAGGAAAUUUUCAUCUGGAGAAGAUAAAACUGUUGACAUGUACCGGAAAAAUGGAAACAUGGAAGUGAAUGGGGAUUCUUCUGCAUUUGCAAGCAUCAUGAAUACUGAAUCGAAUAUGGCUGAAAACCCUACCGAUGGUAGUGAGAAGGAAGCCAGCCGUUGUGAAAGUGGUGUUGAUGCUGACAGUGAGGCUUCAGAAUCUGAAAGUGCUUCUAAGCAAACUCUGUUGCCAAGAUCCCGUAGUGGAUGCUAUGUGCACACAAAUGGACAUCACCAUCCAUCAGCAAGAGAACUGCCCACCAAGAAGACUGAUAGUGGUGUUGAAGGAGUGGCUGAAGCUAUUUCUGAACUUCAUUUAAGCAGCACUGUAACUGGAGAUAGAGAUUUUGAUGGAGAAAAUCAGCCACUAAGUCUUCCAAAUAAUUUAUAUUUUUCAGAGGAGAAGCAUACGAUGUCUCACAGUCCACAAAAUGCUUUUCAGACCCUUUCUCAGAGCUAUAUAACUACUUCUAAAGAAUGCUCAAUUCAGUCUUGCCUCUACCAGUUUACAUCUAUGGAGUUAUUAAUGGGGAAUAACAAACUUCUAUGUGAGAAUUGUACUGAAAAGAAACAGAAGUACCAAAGGGAAACCAGUUCUGUGGAAAAGAAAGCAGAAGGAAUUUAUACUAAUGCCAGGAAGCAGUUGCUUAUUUCUGCUGUUCCAGUUAUCCUAAUACUCCACCUUAAAAGAUUCCAUCAGGCUGGAUCAAGUCUUCGCAAAGUAAACAGACAUGUAGAUUUUCCACUUAUACUUGAUUUAGCACCAUUCUGUUCUGCUACUUGUAAGAAUGUAAGUGCGGGAGAGAAAGUUCUCUAUGGCCUGUACGGCAUAGUGGAACAUAGCGGCUCAAUGCGAGGAGGCCACUACACUGCGUAUGUGAAAGUGAGAACCCCCUCCAGGAAGUUAUUGGAACAGAUCACUGGAAAGAAAAGUGUACCUGGUUUGAAAGACCCGGAUAGUGAAUCGCCAGGCCAGUGGGUCCAUGUCAGUGACACUUAUGUGCAGGAGGUUCCAGAAUCAAGAGCACUUAGUGCACAAGCAUACCUUCUUUUUUAUGAAAGAAUAUUUUAAUUAGUUGUUAAUUAUUAAGGUUAAUGAUUAUUUAGAUCACUUUUAUUUAAAUGCUGCAAUGAUAGCUAUAAUAUGCAAUGUGCCUUUGUAGUCUAUUCUCUUCUGUAGGAAUAGCAUGUCCCUCAAAUGCUCCUGAACAUUUUUACCAUUUGGGUGAAUCCUUUUAAAGUAACUUAAAUUUAGUCAGUGCUUUCAAAUUUAUAUUUUUUAAAUAAACGUAAACACAUGUUUUAAAAUGUUUGUCCUGGAACAAAACUAGAAUUUACAGUAGUAGAGGAAACUCCUUUAUGAUGUGGCUUAUUAUUACAAGCAUUCAGAAAUGAUGCUGGCUAAAUCAGAUCCUUCCCUAAAACUCAUCCAGCCCUGGCCGGGUGCUCAGUGCGCUGGAGCAUCAUCCCAUACACCACAAGACUGAGAGUUCGA